AUGAACCAAUCACAAGUAAUUUCAUCUGAGCUUAUUAAAAAAUCAUAUUUGAAACAUGAAUGUUCAAAAGAAGUCGCCCUCAUACUGUCAUUGGAACAAGAAUUCGACUGGUUAAUUAUAACCAAAUUAAAUCUGAGUCUUUUAAAUAUAGUGCACAUUGUCGGGUUAAGAUUGGUUACAAAUCUAGAAUGCUUGACACUGUCACACAACAAAAUAAAAAAAAUCGAAAACCUAGAUUGUCUCGUGAAGCUGGAAGAACUAAACCUAUCAUAUAAUAGAAUAACAACAAUUGAAAAUCUCGAUCAUUUAACAAAGUUAAAUGUUUUAAGCUUGAGUGGCAACCAUAUUUCAGAAUUGAAAAAUUUGGAUAACAGUCAACAAUUACAGGCAUUUUACAUAAGCCAUAAUGAGAUAACCGACAUUAAUCAAAUAUUUUAUUUGAAACGUUUCAAGUAUUUACAGUGCAUGGAAUUGUCAAACAACCCAGCUACCGGUAAUAAUAGACAACUAAUUGUUGAUCAAUUUCCAAAGUUAAUAUAUCUCGAUAAUAAAUAUAUAACAACCGAGGAACGCUCAUUACCUGUUGAAACAAACGAUGAAUACAGUUUAGCAGGUUCAGAAGUAUUGGGAGACUCUAACAUUAUACACAAAGCUUUUUUAAACGAAAAUGACGGUAUACAAUUUUUCAAUUAUUUAUACUACGGAGAUGUUGAUGGUGAAUUGUUGAGUAAAUGGAACUCAACUGUUAAGGUAGCUUUUGAAAAAUAUAAAAAACAAAUUACCGAUAGUGCAAUGGAAUUAUUUAACACAAGUCUACAAAAACUAACGGUGAGAGAUGAGAUGUUUUCCCAGUUUAAAAUGAGUCAUAACAGAUUUGAAAGAAAAUUAACUUAUAAUAGCCGUGAUAUUGUAAAAGAGUUUGAAGAAAUAAGAAGAAUAAGGAUGGCUCCUUCUUCCCAUGAACAAUCAAGUGAUUUUGAUUCAAAUGAAACAAAAAUUAGUCAGGAUCCGGAUACAGUUGAAAAUUUAAGUGAACAAUUUUCAAUUGAAUCUUUCAUAGCGAUUUCCGAGUUCGAGAUAAUUGCAUUGAAAACGAAAUUGCACGAAAAAAACAUUUAUAUGAAUAAAUCCAUCACGGAUAUGAUAAGCAAAUAUACAAACUUUGUAGAAGUAGAACUCAAAUCAUUUUUGGAGUUGUUAGUGCCAAUAUUUUUUAAUAUGCGUGAAAUUGUAAGUACCUAUUCUGAAAUAUUGAGUGAAAACAUUAGGUUGGCAGUGAAUAAUCCAAUAAAAGUAAUACCAAAGGAGUUCAUUAAUCAUUUUGGAAAUAGAUUUUCAAUAAAUGAUGCUGCAGUUAAAAUGUCAGAUAAACACAUGGAAAUGAUAUACAAGCGUGAAGAAAAACUUAAUACUGAUGCAAAAAAAUGGGCUGAACAAUUAAUUGAAGAUUUGAAAAAUUCUGAAAAACAAAGAUUUUGGAUGGUAUUUGAAGAAAUAACGAAAUAUUGCGAUAAUGUAUCGUCUUGGCUUAAAUCUUUAGAAAAUCUAUAA